UUCAUUAAUUUCUUGAUGAAUGCUCGAGCGAAGGUGAAGAUUCGGGGCACUCCUGGCUGCGAGUUGCUGCGGCAUGUUGUGUCAGUGGAUCCUCGUGCGGCUGAAGGACUUCGACGCGAGAAUCCGGGUUUGUCUGUCGACUUGGAUGUGCUAUUGGAAGAGGAAACUCGACGCUCUAUCACUGACGCAUAUCAGCGAUUACUCUUUGAGGUGAAGGUGUUGCAUCGUAAAGGGAACUUUAAAAGCUCGCAGGGAGAAGAAAUCGUUCAGCGUGUGCGAGAUAUCGCUAGUGGAGGCAAGAAGGUGCUCGAUCUCUCCGGAUUCUUCAUUGUGGACGAAUUCGUGGAUCUUCUAGUACCGUAUCUACGCUCCAAGACGUGUAAACUGGUAGCUUUGAACCUGUCAGGUACACCGCUUGGAGUUCAAGCAGCGAUUAACAUUGCACAGGCCGCGAAUAAUACUUUACAGGCACUACAAUUCUCGGAUAACCCGAUUCCUGUCGCUACAAUCCGACUUCAGGCUUCAGAAAAUGGACACGCGAUUCUCUGUGGGCAUAAGUUUAACCACUUAGACGCAGCAGCAAUCGGCAUCUUAGUGGAACGUGAACGCAAGCAGCUCCAGAAAUUGGAUUUGUCUGGUAAUUUACUGACUGGACCAAAAGCGAAUGUUUUCCAUGGGAUUAUUACCAUCUUCGAGGGUCUGAAGAAAUGCCGACUACUUCAGGACCUCAACCUCAGUGAUGUGAACCUGAGAUCAGACGGGCUAGUAGCGUUCGCUAAUGCCAUUCAAGAUUUUCCUGCACUCGAGAAACUCGACCUAGGUCGGAACAGAAUGGUAUACAACAGCACCAAUGAAAAGCGCGUAUAUGGAGUAGAAUCCUUGUGCAACGCGCUGUGGAGGGUCAGAACUCUCCGUGAAGUCAGUUUGGUUGGCAAUCAUUUGGACUAUCAAAGCUCCGUUUUUAUUGCCGAAAUGCUGAAGGUGAACUGCACAAUCGUGUCGAUAGCACUUGCUCAGAAUCCCCUAGGGGAUGCGGGUGCUACCGAUGUAUCGACUGCGCUCAAGAAGAACACCACGCUGUUAUCGCUAAACUUGUCUGAUUGUCAGAUCAGCUGCGAGGGCUUGAACGAGAUGGCCAUGGUGCUGCGAAAGUUCAACAGUACACUUCGAACGAUCAACAUUUCGAACAACCCAGACGUGCGGUCACAGGGAUACCGAGGCCUUUUGAAAUGUUUAUCGAUUAACCACAAGAUCACCGAAGUCAUCAUGAAUCCUGGCUCAAGAUACGAAAAAUACGUGAAUAGGACUCAAGAGUUUCUAGCUGUCAAUGUGCUACUUAACGCAGUGCAAUCGAAUCCUAAACGCUUUACUGGUUUCCCUGCGCUAACCGAGACCCAGCGGACCAACUUUGUCGAUAAACUGGAAAGGUUUAGUGAAAGCGAACUCCGGCAACUCCAUGACGAGCGUAUCGUGGAAAAGGCUGCUAUAUAUUCGGACGAAAAGGAGGCAGCGGGUCUUUCGACAUUGCGUCACUACGCUGCGAUGGAGCAGUACGCUCCGUUAAAACGGAUCUUGUGGUGCUUCGAGGUGGAUACUCGCCACAAUAACCUCAUCGAACGGUCAAACAACACAAAAAACGAGGAAAAAGAUGAGGAUAUUUGGGACUACCCACUCAUUUAGUGUAACCAAAAUCAAAACGGUUGCUAACGGACGCCGCAGCGUCGAGCGAGCACUUCACUCCGCC